CCAGAAAAUAACAUAUGGCCCCUGACAGAGGGCAAAAGUCCUCGAAGUCCCGAGCGUGGGACUCGCUCGAACCCGCAGUUUCGCCAUGGGUCCUUGAUGCGCUCUCGUCCAUGAACUUUUCCCGCAUGACGCCCGUACAGGCUUCGACGAUUCCACUCUUCAUGGGCCACAAAGAUGUGGUGGUUGAAGCAGUCACUGGCAGUGGAAAGACGUUGGCAUUCCUUAUACCGGUUGUCGAGAGAUUGCUGAGGCUAGAGGAGCCCAUCAAGAAACAUCAUGUCGGAGCGAUCAUCAUCUCGCCUACAAGGGAAUUGGCAUCACAGAUAUACAACGUCCUAUUGUCUUUGUUGGACUUUCACUCUCCUUCGGCGGCCACACGCAGAGCUUUGAACACAUCAGAGGACUCGGCAGUGGAUAGUGCACCAGAAAUAGUACCUGCGUCAACAUUAAGAAUCGUCCCGCAGUUGCUCUUGGGCGGUGCCACUACUCCGGCGCAAGAUCUGAGUACGUUCCUGAAAACAUCGCCAAACGUAUUGGUAUCGACCCCAGGCCGACUCCUGGAGAUUCUCUCUUCACCUUACGUCCAUUGUCCACAAUCCUCUUUCGAGGUGCUGGUAUUGGACGAGGCUGAUCGACUACUCGAUCUCGGCUUCAAAGAUGAUCUGACCAAGAUUUUGAAUCUGCUUCCCAAACAACGACGGACAGGUCUAUUCAGUGCCAGCGUGAGCGAAGCUGUUGACCAAAUUAUACGCGUCGGAUUGCGGAACCCAGUCAAAAUUGCCGUCAAAGUCAAAGGCACAAAUGGAGUCGAAGACAAGCGCACUCCUGCAAGUCUGCGAAUGACAUACGCCGUGACACCGGCUUCACACAAGUUCCCGGCGCUGGUUGCUUUACUGAGGGGCUUGGACACAUUACCACUACGCACUAUAGUGUAUCUCUCUACCUGUGCUGCCGUGGACUACUUCCAAGCUCUACUGCCGGCUAUACUCCCAUCCGAAACGAUACUAGUCCCUCUGCACGGCAAGCAUCCUGCCAACGUCCGCCAGAAAAAUUUCAUACAGUUCACGAACUCAGCGUCUCCAGCAAUCUUGCUAACUACAGAUGUUGCCGCAAGAGGACUUGAUAUUCCAUCAGUGGAUUUGGUUGUUCAAGUUGAUCCCCCUUCAGAUCCGAAAGCCUUCCUCCAUCGCUGUGGACGAGCAGGUCGAGCUGGCAGAAAGGGUCUGAGUGUUGUGUUCCUCCUACCAGGGCGUGAGGAAGACUACGUGUCGUUUCUGAACGUGCGCCAAACCCCAAUUGAACUACUCACAGAACCAAAUAUCUAUGUCACUCAAGACGAGUGCCGCGCAAUCGAAGAAAAGUUUCGAAAGGUUGUGCUGAAGGACAGAGGUUUGCACGAAAAGGCACAGAAGGGGUUUGUUAGUUGGGUUCGAAGUUACUCCAAACAUCAGGCAUCUUCGAUAUUCCGGAUCAGCGACAUCGACUGGACAGACCACGCGUCUGCUUGGGGUUUGCUGAAGAUGCCAAAGAUGCCGGAACUCAAGAAUUGGGAUCGAAGUGCGUACCGACCACCUGCCGUGGACUGGGACGCGUACGCAUACAAGGACAAACAGAGGGAGAAGCAGCGGAAGCAGGCUCUCCAGGAAGCUCCGAAGGAGGACGUGUCUGACAAGAAGAGAGAAAAUGACAAGAAGCGCGGCAGCACCGUGGCAUGGUCGGACAAGAUCGAGCACAAGGCCACCAAGGAAGUCAAACGGUCAAAGAAGGCCGCUCGACGAGAACAUGACAGAAUCGCCAAAAUGACAGACGCGGAGAAGGAACAAGAAGCCAAAACGGCGAGGAUGGUGGAGGAGAUUCGACAGAAACAAUUACGUGCCAAAGACAAAGACGAUACAUUUGAAGGCUUUGAUUGAGUCUAAGAGGGCUUGGAAGAGUUCAGUUCUAGUAUGUGGCGUCAGUCCCCGUCCGUUCGAUCAGGUCGGUCAGGAUGACUACGUUUGUAAAAACUGCUCAUCCGAGGUUGUGGUUCGACAAAACAAUCUCCAAUCUUGUCCAGCCAGACGAACCCGGCGAAUUCGAUACGGACUUGUGCCGUGCAUCCACCACACACACACAACCGUCUCCAGACGAUGCACGGCCGGAGAGAUUCUCAGUGCUGGACUGCGCUUCCCAAGGUCACCUUCGACGGCAGCUUGUUGUGUACUGUUUUCGAAGCCGCACCGGUGUUGAUACACGUCUUGUUCUUGUUCGGGCCGCCUGAACCUGACAUCCCAGGUACAUCGCCAGGCCUCGAGAUGCCUUCUCCUUUGUUGAGAUCACGACAGUCUCGACGGAGACGAGUGAAAGGGGAGACACCAUCAGAAUCCUGUUCUUCUCUCGUCCUAUGUCUGCCGUAUCGACACGUGGACGAGUCAAUACUGCCUGCCUAGGUACAAAUUGAAACCUGCAGUUGAUAUAUAAAAAUAUACUGGUACUUGGUAGGUCGAAACGG